AUGCAAUCUUUUGCCAUAGAUUCCUUAAUAAAUGGCAAUCAAAAUUUAUUAAAAAAUGAUUCAAGUCCGGAGACAAAUAAAAGUUCCUCAAAUAGUCCUCCAAUUAAUAUUAAUCCAAAUACUUUUUUUAAUACAUUAUCAAAAAAUUUUAUGUUAUCUGAAAGUCAACAAGAAGAUAGUAAUAAAAGAAAAGAUGACAAAAAAUUAAAAUCAGGAAUGUUUUCAGGAAAUGUCACGGCAAGUAUAAUGAAUCCUUUUAUGUCAAUACUUAAUUCUAAUACUACAGAAGCUUACCAUAAGUUUCUCCUACAGACAAACAAUAAAAAUGCACUUUUUAGUGGUAUUAAUUCUAUUAAUUGUAAUGAUACAUUCUCUGAUGAUGGUUUAAGAAAAGAAGAAUUAGAAGAUAUUCAUGAGGCUGAUCAUGAAAGUGAUGAUUCUAUUGUUGAUGAUAAAAAAUCAUCCUCUAGAUAUUCAUCUUUAAAUAACAAUGAUUCAUUAAAUGGAAGUUACCUUCAAACAGGUGUUAAUUUACAUUCACAAAGUAUGACAUCAUCUGCUGUAGCACAAGAUCAAUUAGCUAGAAGAUAUAGAACUGCUUUUUCUAGAGAACAAAUUAAUAUACUUGAAAAAGAAUUUUCCAAAGAAAAUUAUGUUAGCCGAAUAAGAAGAGGAGAAUUAGCUCAAGAAUUAGGUCUUCCAGAAGGUACUAUAAAAGUAUGGUUUCAAAAUAGAAGAAUGAAAGAUAAAAGACAAAAAACUACAAUGAUGUGUUGGCCUUUAGAACAAAUGACAGCAUAUAUGUUAAAUAAUCCAUUUUAUUGUGAUCCAUUUAGAGGUCAACAAUUUCCUCAAUUUCUUUCACAAAAACAACCUAUUACAGGUGGACAUCCUAUGAUUGGAACAAGUCCUGGUAUUCCAAUUCAUCCAGGAACAUCUCCACUACUACAUCCUUUUUUUGCCUCACAAAUGGUUGCAGUUGUUGGGCAAAAUUUUAAUUUAGGUAAUAAUUUGGUAAAUAAAAAUGAUAAAGAACAUGAAAAUAAAGAAAAAAAUGAUAAUUAA